AAACUGUCACCAUCCCUAAUGUCGAGUCGUCAGAGUCCGUUUACGUGAGCGGUCGUGGAUUCGCUUAUAGCACACGGCUUAUCACAUAUUUUUUGUGAAGAAAAAAACCUUAAAAAACAAAAAAAAAAUUAAAAACAUAAAAAGUAACAAAAAAAAUUGUAAAAAGUAGCAAAAAAUUCGAGCAAGUGUUUAAGCGUAGACCCGAUCACCAAAUAUGGCCUCACUAUACGUCGGUGAUCUGCACCAGGAUAUCAACGAAGCUGGACUUUUUGAAAAGUUCUCGACUGCAGGUCCAGUUCUGUCCAUACGCGUCUGCCGCGAUGUGAUUACCCGUCGCUCAUUGGGUUAUGCCUACGUGAAUUUCCAGCAGCCAGCCGAUGCUGAACGUGCUCUGGACACAAUGAAUUUCGACUUGAUCCGCAACAAACCCAUUCGCAUAAUGUGGUCUCAGCGCGAUCCCUCCCUGCGCCGCUCAGGUGUUGGCAAUGUGUUCAUUAAGAACUUGGACAAGGGCAUCGACAACAAAGCCAUUUACGACACUUUCUCUGCUUUCGGCAAUAUCCUGAGCUGCAAGGUCGCCAUUGAUGAGAAGGGUAACUCCAAGGGCUAUGGCUUUGUCCAUUUCGAGACUGAGGAGGCAGCAAACAUGUCCAUCGACAGAGUCAACGGCAUGUUGCUCAACGGCAAGAAGGUGUACGUGGGCAAAUUCAUUCCCCGCAAGGAGCGCGAGAAGGAGCUGGGCGAGAAGGCCAAACUCUUCACCAACGUGUACGUGAAGAACUUCACCGAAGACUUUGAUGACGAGAAGCUCAAGGAAUUCUUUGAGCCAUACGGCAAGAUCACUAGCUACAAGGUCAUGUCCAAGGAAGAUGGUAAGAGCAAGGGCUUCGGGUUUGUGGCCUACGAAACCACAGAGGCUGCUGAAGCCGCCGUUCAGGCUCUCAACGGCAAGGAUAUGGGUGAGAGCAAGUCCCUGUAUGUGGCUCGUGCACAGAAAAAGGCUGAGCGCCAGCAGGAGCUCAAGCGUAAGUUUGAGGAGCUGAAGAAGAAGCGCCACGACUCUGUCUUCGGUGUCAACUUGUAUGUCAAGAACUUGGACGACACAAUUGAUGACGAGCGUCUGCGCAAGGAUUUCUCCAUGUAUGGAACAAUUACCUCGGCCAAGGUCAUGACCGACGAAGAGGGCCGCUCCAAGGGCUUCGGGUUCGUCUGCUUCAUUUCACCCAAUGAGGCCACAUGCGCUGUGACAGAACUGAAUGGCCGCGUCAUCGGCAGCAAGCCUCUGUACGUGGCCCUGGCCCAGAGGAAGGAGGAGCGCAAGGCUCACCUCGCAUCGCAGUACAUGCGCCACAUGACCGGCAUGCGGAUGCAGCAGCUUGGACAGAUGUUCCAGCCCAACACCACUGGCGGGUUCUUUGUUCCGACCAUACCUCCGAGCCAGCGCUUCUUCGGUCCCCAGAUGACCACCCAAAUGCGUAACGCCCCUCGCUGGGCUCCUCAGGUGCGUCCAGCUGCCACCGUGCAGAGCGUGCAGGCCGGCGCUGCCGCCGCCGCUGCUGGAGGCUUCCAGGGUGCAGCCGGAGCGGUGCCCACACAGUUCCGUUCGGCUGCAGCCGGUGCACGUGGUGCCCAGCCACAGCAGGUGCAGGGCACGCAUGCCGCCGCUGCUGCCGCGGCUGCAAACAACAUGCGCAACACUGGAGCCAGAGCCAUCACCGGCCAGCAGACAGCUGCUGCCCCCAACUUGCAAAUCGCUGGUGCCCAGAUCGCUGGCGGUGCCCAGCAGCGUGCACCCAGCUACAAGUACACAUCGAACAUGCGCAAUCCCCCUGUGCAGCAGAUGCAGCAGGCGCAGCCCAUGCCGCAGCAGUUGCAGGGCAAGAACUCUGAGAAGCUCAUUGCCUCAUUGUUGGCUAAUGCCAAUCCCCAGGAGCAGAAACAGAUCCUGGGCGAGCGUCUGUACCCGAUGAUUGAGCGCAUGCACGCAGCCCUGGCCGGAAAGAUCACUGGCAUGUUGCUGGAGAUUGAGAACUCUGAGCUAUUGCACAUGUUGGAGGAUAAGGAGGCCCUCAAGGCCAAGGUGGAGGAAGCCGUGGCCGUGCUCCAGGUGCAUCGCGUUAGCGAGCCCGCCAACUAAGCUCGAGCCACAAAAGCGGAUGAAAAUUUUACACAGAACACUCGACACCCAAAAAAUUUUCCUCUUUACUUUCAAUUCAUUAACAACAACAAUUCGCAUUCAAUAAUUCUCGUGCAAAGAAUGCACGGCUUCCAAGGACAAAAAAUGAACACACAGAACAACUUAUGGGUUGGAACGUCGCAAAGAGUUACAGCCUUUUUUCUCAAUCCCAGAAACCACUUAAAAGAAUCAUUUAAUUUCGAACGCAUUUACGCAAGUACACGAAGAAAAAGGAAGAAAAGCAGAAAGCAAGAAACACGUAUUCCGCAAAUCGAUUUGAAUAUCCCCAAAUCAAUUUUUGCAAUUUUAUAGAAAAACAAAGAAGAAGAAAAGAGAACAAAAUGCGAAUUGAACAUUUAUUUUUUGGCAUUGCUUAAAUUGUUUCAAUUUUAUUCUGUAUAUGCGUAAAAAAAUAAAUGAAAAAUAAACACAAUUCAAGCAAAAAGAUUGUGGCAGACUAGUCGGAUACGAUACGUGUGAAAAUUCAGACCAGUUUCUAGCUUUUUCAAAACCUUUUUUGUCGUACACUUUUUCGUCCACACUUUUCAACAACAACAACAACACGAAAGCGAAAUGUAUUUUUUUUUCUUUAUUUCUCAAUCAAAAAUCAAAACUUUAAAAAAGCUUUGUGUUUAGAAAAUGCGAGAUAAGCAAAGCGAGAGAUCCACACACACUUUUAAAAAAGUAAAGAAAAACAACACAAAAAAAUUGCAAAAAAUGUUAAAAUAAAAAACGAAAAAAUGUGAAAGAAAACUGCGAGCAGAACAGAACAGAAAUGUAAAGAAAGAAGCGCAGAAAAGGGAAAAACGCAAGCCGCAAGAAUAUGAGAGUCAAGUUUUUGCUACUUUAAAAAAGAUAGAAAAAUACAAAUACCAACAGCAGAGAAGAGAGAACAUAUGUUGAAAAAUGAACGCGACACGUAUAAAACAAGUGGAAAAACCAACAAAAAAAUUGCAAAACUAUGUAAAAGCACAAAAAAAGAAAAUAUAUAUACACACAAACACAAACCAACACACACACAAACACACAUAUUAAAACAAAACAUAUACGGAAACAAAAAACAAAGAAAAAUAAACAAGAAAAGCGCUAAAGCGCAACCCCCGUACGGAGGGAGAGCAUACUGAUGGGGAUGAAAGAGACUACAAGUAGAAGUAGAGGAAAAAUAAAUCCAUUGCAAGCCGGAUUUUGUGUUUAUCCGAGAAAAGGGGACCCCCCCACCCACACCAUACACCUUUAUUACAAUUUGCAAAAAAUAUUUAACGAACGAAAACGGGCCAGGCGAUCGAAAAUGUCCCUAAUUGCGUUCAGACUUCUGUUAUAGCGAGAAAAAAGAUUAUUGAAUAUAAAUAAAUACUGUUUUUACACCAUUCAUACGAUAUAUUAAAGCAAACAGAUAGGUCACCACGCCUCCAAGUGUCUGUCGGGGAUGUGAAAUUCAUAUUUUUUUAUUAAACAAACUAAAAACAAAAAAUCUUUGAAAAAAUUGCAAAAUACAAAAAACAUUUAUACGCAAUAAAUGCAAAAUAUUUAAAAAACGCAAACAACAAAACCAAGAACAAGAAAGGAAAACGAACUAUAAAAAAAACCCAAAAAUCCGAACUGGAGGAUAUUUCAGAGAUUUGCUGAAGAUUGAAGUAAUCCAAAUUGCGAGAUGGAACUCUUUUACUUUUCACAAAAAGCAAACCACACAAUUAUAUAUAUAGCAGAUAUAUAUGUAUUCAAGCGAUAUAAACCACAAUUUGUAUAAUUCAGAAAAUAGAAUUGUUAAAAUUUGAAGCAAUCCCAGAAAAAUGUAAUAGUCGCCAGAGAGCAAAAUUCAGUAAAGAGAAAAACCUUUGUACACCCAAAUUUAAUUACAAUAAAAUUCCACUUCGGCAAAAAA